GAAAGGAAAGGAAAGUCGUGCACCAAUGGCAGCGCAAGCUGAAAGCGAGGACCCAGGGAGGGGCGGAGACUACAGCCCCCAAAAUCCCUUGCGGCGCCUCCUCCCCUGGCGUCAGUCUCCUAGGCAAUCCCGGUAAAUAACAUGGCGACCUCCGGGAGAGAUCCCCAGUUGCCGAAGCCUUCCUGUCUCCAGGGAGCCGUGAGCAGUUCACGAACUGGAGCCCAGUCGAAACUGCUGCACUCAGAAAAGGAACGUCAGUCUCUCUGGUCUCCUUUUCCCAUGGGGCAGAGACCGAAAAAUACUUUUCGCAAAACCUCCUCCUACCUACUCCAGCAGCUCAUUCACUGCUCUCAAGAGUCGGACGUGGACAGAGAUUACGAAGACCAGGAAGAGGGAGAGGACGAGGGCAAAGUGGAGUUCGAGGAGUCUUCAGAGUCCGAAAUGCUGAAUUUUGAGGGAGAAUUUGAUGGGGUCCUGAGAGAGGAGGUCGUGGCUGAGAAACUCUACAAACUGGGGCGCUCAGGCUCUGGGACUGAGCAGGUCUACCUCAGUCUGACUUUAUCAGAUCUUGAUUUAAUUGACAUUAGCAUCCUCUGUGGAUACAUUCACCUGCAGAAGUUGGAUCUUUCAGUAAAUAAAAUUGAAGAUUUGUCUUGUGUGAGCUGUAUGCCUUAUCUUCUAGAACUUAAUGCUUCUCAGAAUAAACUGACGACAUUUUUCAAUUUCAAGCCACCCAAAAAUCUCAAGAAGGUGGAUUUCUCCUACAACCAAAUUUCAGAAAUGUGUGAUUUGUCGGCAUAUGAGUCUCUCACGAAACUAAUUUUGGACAGCAAUGAGAUAGCUGAAAUCAACGGACUAGAGCUGUGUAGCAGUCUUAACCACCUUAGUUUGGCCAAGAACAAGAUCACAGCCAUUAAUGGCUUAGGAAUGUUACCGAUCAAAAUACUUUGUCUGAGCAAUAACCAGAUUGAGAAGAUCACAGGUUUGGAUGACCUAAGGGUCCUGCAGAUCCUGGAUCUGAGCCACAAUCAGAUCAGUAGCCUCCAAGGCUUAGAGAGUCAUGACUUCUUGGAAGUGAUCAACCUUGAGGAUAAUAAGAUUGCUGAGCUGGGUGAAAUAGAAUACAUUGAAAACCUACGUCUCCUUCGAGUUCUCAAUCUUCUAAGAAAUCCAAUUCGGGAAAAAUCUGACUAUUGUUCCUUCGUAAUUUUUAUGCUACUUCGAUUAACAGAAUUAGAUCAGAAGAAGAUAAGAGUGGAAGAAAAGGUCGCGGCAGUGAACAAAUACAACCCUCCCCCAGAAGUGGUCGCAGCCCAAGAUCACAUGACCCAUGUUUUCAACAGCCUGAUGCAGCCACAGAGGAUCUUUGACAGCACCCUUCCUAGUCUGGAUGCCCCUUAUCCCAUGUUGGUAUUAGCUGGUCCUCAAGCAUGUGGUAAACGAGAACUCGCUCACCGCCUCUGCAGACAGUUCAGCACUUAUUUCAGAUACGGGGCCUGUCACACCACAAGACUGCCUUACUUUGGAGAAGGGGAUCGGGUUGAUUAUCAUUUUAUCUCUCAAGAAGUUUUUGAUGAAAUGCUAAACAUGGGGAAAUUUAUUCUAACCUUUAAUUAUGGUAAUCACAAGUAUGGAUUAAGUAGGGACACCAUAGAAGAUAUUGCAAGAGAUGGUUUAGCAAGCUGUGUGCAUAUGGAAAUAGAAGGUGUAAGAAGUUUAAAACAUUCCUAUUUUGAGCCUCGAUACAUCCUGGUGGUACCCAUGGACAAGAAAAAAUAUGAGGGCUACUUGAGGAGAAAAGGAUUAUUCAGUCGUAUAGAGAUCGAAUUUGCUGUCUCCAGAGUAGACCUUUAUAUUAAAAUUAAUCAGAAAUAUCCAGGAUAUUUUGAUGCAGUAGUCAAUGCAGAUGAUCUGGAUGUUGCCUACCAAACUCUGAGUCAGCUCAUUAGAGAAUACCUUGGAUUGUCGGAGGCAACUGCCAAGAGUUUGGCUCCUACCACAGCAGAUACUAAGAAACCUCAGCUGAAACCUGAAAAGACUUCGAAGAAGUUUAGAGCUUUGAGUGAAUUUGAGUCCCUGGAUUUUGCAGACAGAAACUGCUUUGUGAAAUUAUGGGCCAAACUUUCAGGCAAAAACACGCCAGCGGAAAGAGAGUCUAUGGCGAGACAGUAUGAGACAGCCCGGCAGGCCCUAAUGGGAAAGACACCUCCUCAUCACACAUUCCUGUUUCAAAGGGGUCUAGUACCAGCACCCGUCAUCAACAGUCUACGUUGUUUUACAGCUUUAGAACUAAAGAAAAGUUUCGAGCUUUAUGGAGGUUACUUUAAAACUCCCUUUGGACCUUCUGAAAAGAGUGGCAUGGAUUCCAGUGAUUCCAUGAAAUACUCUGCAUUAUUUGAGUCUUGUCCAUGGUCAAAAGACUUGCCUUUUCGGCCUCCGGAAGACAGCAUUUAUUCACACCCAGAAUCAACAAUAGGUGAUAUUGAGGAUCAGGCCCUAAAAGCACUACAUAAACAGGUAUUUCCAUGUGAAAAAGGGUCUCUCCAACACAGAAGACACACGAUCUCAAGCAUCAGUCGCCCAGGUUCCAACACCAAACCCACCCUCCCUCCGAUCCCUCAGGGCCGCAAGUAGACCCGUACCUGACAUUUGAUCUUAACAUGGAAAACUUGCUCUGAUCAUGUCCAGUCCCUUUGUCUCACCUGGCCAUGGAUCCUGGCUAUUCCUCACUCAACAACUACCUACAAAAGAAUGUUCUAUAUGC